AUGGAUAUUUUCAGCACUACAGUCACAGUCAUCCAUGAGAUCUACACAAUCACUGUUUUCAUCAAAGGGGUUGUGACAGAUGUGAAGAAUUAUGACUCCGACAAGACAGACAUCUUAGCCAAGGUUGAACAUGAAUUCCUGUUCCUCGAAUCAUUUAAAGCCCUCUUCUUUGACGAUCAUGGGGCAUUAAUGGCUAGCGAGCAACUUCCAGUUAACUUGAAGCGGGAUGUGAGCAACAUCCUACAGGCGCUGAAGAGGUGUCUUGCUGAGUAUGGCUUGUUGGCGGCCAAGCAUGAUAUGCUAUCAGAUGGUAUUGAAAGCCCUGAAUGUGAAAAUAUAGCCUCUACCAUCCCUGGGAAGACUACAGCAAAGUCAGAGUGGUUCAAGAACAAGAUGGUGGAGUUAAAGGACCUGAAGAAGAGAUCAUUCGAUUGGGCCUUGUUUGACAAGGACAAGCUCCUCGACACCUUGGUCAAAUACAAUCAAUGGACCGAGAGGCUUCGGCAGACCAUGUCUCUCACGCUUUUGGUCUCCGCCGUCUUCGGGAAUGCGAAGCUAAAGACGUUCUCAAACAGCAAGACCGCAAGGGAUUUAGGUCUCCAGAAAGUGGCUAAGCGCCAGCUGCUAGCCAAGGCCAGCCCGCCCGAUACCUUCAAGGCUCUAAAUGGACAAAUAAUCGAAGCAUCCGACUCAAUGACAAAUUCGAGCCUGCAAAUUGCGGACUACGUGGAUGAAUGGGAGAGAACCAGAAGAAUUAUUGUCGAAUACCGCGAGUAUAGUUCUUCUUUGGUGCAAGCAACGGAACUGAAAAAUACAAAGGCUCUCCAGGAGCUGAAGGCCCCUAUCCGUAAUUUGGCCUGGCUGCUUCGAAGCUCUUCUCUCUCCGAUGUUGACGUUGGGGGUUACAAAGACACUAAAAACCAGAGCAUGUUCGUCUUGGAAUGCGUAGGUUACAUCGAUCAACCUGAUGAGCACCAAACAAUCUUUGUCUACCAGCCUCCCCAAUCUAUCGCCAGCCAAAACCAGGCCUUGAAGAUCGUCACUCUUCACGAUAUCAUCCAGAGCGGAAAUUGUCCAUUCUCUUUGGGGCACAGGUUCUUUAUAGCCCAUGCUCUGGGAACGACAAUUCUGAAUGUCCAUGGCUCUGGUUGGGUACACAAAAACAUUUCUAGCCACGGUGUGACCGUGUUCCCUCUCGGAAAACCAAUCUCUUCAGAUUCCAAUGGCAGAGAUUUCGACCAUGUUCCAUACCUCACAGGUUGGGGUUUCGCAAGACCCGAACUCGGAGGGACAGAACUACUGCAAGACUUUGAAGUGGAGCCUAACUUUUACAGGCACCCUGCUCGACAGGGUAAUCCCGGAUCUACUUUUACAAAAGAACACGACAUCUAUGCAUUGGGUGUCGUUCUAUUAGAGAUCGGCCUCUGGAAGACUAUCUCUGAGCUCUUUGCCAAGCAGAUCAGUAUAGCAGAAGAUAGACAGGAGCUACCACCCAAGGAGACUAUCCGAAAAUGGCUUCUCGAUUUAGCAAAUGGGGACCUAGCACAACGGAUGGGCAAAGCGUAUACCAGUGCGGUUUUGGCAUGCCUGAGUGGGCGGUUUGGCGUGGAAAGCGAUGAUGAACAUAAGACAGGUCUUUCCGUGGCUUUCCGUGAGAAAGUUGUAGAUGCAAUCGGGAUCGGCAUGGCACUUUGA